AUGGCAGAUAAUGGUGUUAACAACACAAUCAAACUUGAGGCCCAAGGAAAUCAACCUCAACACGAAGAUUCAAUCAGUGAUAUCUGCAGUGAGGGGAAUGAGGCCACAUCGGUCCACGGCAGGCGGUACCCGCGACAUGUUCGGGAGGCAACUCCUGAUGAUGCUGAAAGGAACACAUUGUUGAAGCGAGAGACUCUCACGAAGGAAAACUUGACGAGGUGUUCGUUGUUACCCGAGCAUUUUAUAGACUCGUUCGAGAUGCUCGUGGAUUCUUUCAUUAAGGCCCAUGUCGGGGACAGAAAGGUGCAGGCCUGGAAGCCUGAUAUAUUCAGAAUUGCACAGGGAGAGUCCGAGUUGCUGCAGGAAUUUAAGUUGAAAGAAAGCUUGCUCGAGUUCCAAGCGACGACUUGGGAGGAUAUUCACAAUCGGUACGAGUCAAAAAUAAGGAUUGAGGAUGAUCAGCUUGGCUUCCCGAUGUCGGUUAAAGGUCGGGAGAAGAAUAAAGAGAAAUUAAAAGAUGAUUUUGACACAGAUAGACGGUCUUCGAGGAGCCGAUUUUUGCCCUAUGAAUGGGCCGAAGAUUGCAGCAGAGGCUUCCGAUCGGAAUUAAGGUUUGUUACUGAUAGAAGAAUUGAUCGCGGCUGGAACAACAGUUCAUUACAGGAAAAGGAAAUGUCAUGUUCUCGAGAUCCUUCCUACCCUAGACUUUCAGAAUACAACUUCAACGAUAGUGUAGUAGAGUUGCUAUCAGCUAUGAGGAACAUCAAAGAAGCACGAUUCUCAAAGCCGAUGAGAUCCGAUCCCAGCCAGAGGGAUCCUAAUUUGUAUUGUGAAUACCACGGGACGAACGGUCACCGGACUGGGGUCUGCUGGCAUCUGAGCGAAGAGGUGGCGACACUGCUGAAAAAUGGUCAUCUCAAGGAAUUCAUAAGUGACCGGUCCAAAAACAAUUAA